AUUUGACACAUCUUAAUAUAGAUAUGGGAAUCCCCCUCUGGAAUCGACACAUAAAAUGUUGGUGAUAUUUUGGCCAGAAUGUGAUAACUUUGGCACAUCAAAGUGAAAGUGUGAAAGAGAAAGCAAAAGGAGAAUUUCAUGGAAAGUUUAAAAGUUUUUCGGAUUUUUUACACAGUUUAAAAUAACAACUGAUGUAAAGGGAUAGCUGAGUUGUGAUUAAUUUUGGUAUUUUAUUACCUGAGAAUUCAAACCACUGAGAUUGAUGAAAGAUUCCUGGUUAAUUAAUUUAUAGCUGUACUGCCACCUGACUGCAUGCUGUAUAUAGAAAAAUCACUCUCGUGAUAAAAUGGCCUCGAGUAGCAUUGGUUUACCCAGCUGUCCUGAGCUUAAUCCUCGGAGUAUACAGGAAUCGGACAAAUGUAGUUUUCUUGGAGAGGGUGAAAAAUUAGGGAGCUCUCUGUUCAAAGAGGAGCCGAGUCCAAGAGAUGCUGUAGAACCAAUUGAUUCCAAAAGUAAAAAAGAAUUAUCCCCACAGACUAGUGGUCAGGCCAUGGCCUUGCAGGUGCCGUCCAAAUUACACCAGGCACCAGCCAUUCGUUCCAUGAAAGCUGUUGACCAUUAUCCAAGUCUGGACAAUCCUGAUUACAUGCUCUCCUCCCUGGAGCCAGAAGAUGAGGAUGAGGUUCCACAUUUCAUACGGUUGUACAGGCCCAUGAUUGUUAAAUGUGUGGAUUGUGUCCCAUUACUUCCUCAGCUCAGAGAUAUAAUUGAUAGCCAAGGAGAAAGAAACAAAAUAAAGAAUACUUCAAAAACUGACGGGCCAGAGGCUGGCAUGGAUUUGUUUUUGAAAGUUUUGGAAAAAAAAGUCAGCCAUCGUGAUCGUUGGUUCCGCUUUGUUGAUGCUAUAAAAAAUGCAGAUUUUGAAUAUGUUGCAAAGGUUUUAGAGAAACAGGAAAUAAUUAACACAGCAAUUUACACAACACAGGCCCGUCUCAUUGACAUUUUUGCCCACGUCAUCUACAAAAAGCUGAAGCCAAGUGAAAUCCUUGUGGAUUUGUUUGCCCAAAAAGUCUUAAACAGAGAGACGUUUGACGCAGUGAGGCGUGAUGAGGAACACAAUGGAGAGUCAUCAGCGACCAUCGUCCUUAUUGAUAAUAUAUGGCGAUUUCAUAGAAAUUGGUUCAAUAUCUUUCUAGAGGUUCUCUGCAAACAUAAAUACAAAGAUAUAGUGAAGGAGAUUGAUCCUUCAUUUUUAGAGAAAAGAGAAAUGAAAUUAAAGGAAAGCAGUGAGAAUAGUUCAGAUUCCUUGGAUAUGGAGAAAAUAGAUGGGGACACUGACUCUAAAUCCAGCCUUUUGAAGAGAGAGUUCUCCAGCAACUCACUUUCUCCCAGCAAGCAGGAAGCAGAUAAAAACAGCUCCAUUCAGGAAAACUAUCUUUCUGAUACAUUUGAAGCUCCAACAUCAGUGAACAACUUGAGUGGAAACACCUUGCAAGAGAGUCUGGACUUAGAAGUUGACCAGCUGACCCAGAAUCUGGACAGUUCCCUGAUGGAGGACUCCGAGCAGACGAACAGGAAGCUAGUGGAGGAUGAUGGGAGUUUACAGUCAAGCAACGUCAGCAGAAGGUUGCAGAUGACGACCACAGACACCAGGAGUUUACAAUCGAAUACAGACAACAACAUGGGAAGUAUGGUGGGGGUUGACUCACUGGCUGUGAUGAAUGUUUGCCAGAGCUUGGACAGAGAAGUGGAGUCCGCAGUUAACAGACCGAAUAUCAUCAGAAGCAGUAUGGCUGAAAGCUUACUGGAAUCGAACAAACAGGUUAACUUGGACGAUUCUGAUGACGAAGAGGACGGUAUCGGUCCAGUAAAGGAACUGGAAUUGAGAAGUUAUCAGAUGGAACUGGCAAGGCCGUCAUUGGAAGGCAAGAACUCCGUUAUUGUAGCUCCUACAGGGAGUGGCAAAACCCACGUUGCACUGUACAUCAUAAAGCACCACAUGGAGAGCAUCAAGUCCAUCAGACAUCCAAAGGUAAUUUUCCUGGUGGAGCAAAGUGCCCUUGCCGAGCAACAAGGCAAGCAGUGCACGACCUAUCUUCCGUGUAAGGUCAAGGUCAUCACUGGGGAAUCCCAGAGGAAUGAGAGAAUGAAGUCCUUGAAUGAGUGGAUAACAAGGCGUGAUCUGCUGGUGGUGACCGCCCAGAUUUUGUUGAAUGCUUUGAGAGAUGGUAUUGUUAGUGUGACCGAUUUCUCCCUGAUGGUCUUUGAUGAGUGUCACCAUACCAACGACAACCAUUCCUACAACAUGAUCAUGAAUCGUUACCUCGACAUCAAGUUACAGGACAGAGAGAGGGCUAAAACCUUACCCAUGAUAGUCGGAAUGACUGCUUCGGUGGGCGUUGGAAAGGCUACAGAGGACAUGAAGGCUAAAAGACACAUUGAGAAGGUCUUGGCAAACAUGGACGCAGAAAUGAUUGUCACAGUCACAGAGAAUAUAAUGGAGCUCAAGAAAUAUGUCAACAUACCUAAACAGAAACUAUACAAGGUGACGAAAAGAGAGAAAGACCACUUUGGAACUCUUCUGCACAAACUGAUGGAUGCUACAGAAAAGUACAUGAAAAAUUCAAAAUAUCUAGAACAGGUCAGGAAGCCUGAUACUGUGCUGAAGCCUCCCCUGGAGAAGGGCAGCGAUCAGUACACACAGUGGGUCAGUAUGCUGUGGCGAGAGACGGCCAAGAUCCAGGACCAAGUUGCCGGCAGGUUCUUUGACACCUGUCGUAAAUAUCUAGAUUUAUACAACAAAGCUCUGAUUAUCUACAAAGAUGCCCGCCCUUCUGAUGCCUUAUCAUUCAUCCUCAAGGAGUUAAGAAAAUGGGAACAAACAGUCAUACCUGACGAAACAGAACUCAAAAUGAAGCGAAUGUUUGACAAGACAAAACCGACCUUGGAAAAAUUAAUCGAUGAUCCUAAACAUAGAAAUCCUAAACUAAUGGCUUUGAGGCAUAUGAUCGGGGAUUACUUCAAGGAGAAUCCAGAUGCCAGAGUCAUUGUGUUUGUCAAGACUAGGGAACUGGUAAAGGCCAUUGAAACCUACAUGAAGGAGACUGAAGAACUGAGAAUUCUAAACCCGAUUCAAUUUGUGGGUGUUCAAGCCAACAAAGAGAGUGGAGGAAUGACCAAGGUGGAACAGGAUGAAAUCCUAGAACUCUUUAAAGAGGGAAACCACAAAGUUAUCAUAGCCACCUCAGUGGCCGAGGAAGGCCUGGACAUCCAGAAAUGUAGCCUGGUGGUGCGCUACGAUCAUGUGACCAAUGAGAUUGCUAUGGUGCAGUCAAGAGGUAGAGGAAGGGCAGAAGACAGCAAGUAUGUGGUUUUAGCUUCAGAAGACAGCAACACAAUCAAGAAAGAGGAGCUAAAUCAAAUGCGAGAGAUCAUGAUGAACCGAGCCAUUGAAAGAGUACGGGCAGAGCUGAGCACGGACAAAGAGGCGGUGCUUCGUCGAGUCAGAGAAAUCCAGCAGGCCGAGAAAGUCGCCAGAGACAUUGCCCUCAAAAACCGCAAAGCUGCUCAGGCGAAUUUGGGAGAAUUCAAGAUCACCUGCAAUCCAUGCCGAAACUUCAUCUGCAUGUCCACCGACAUCAAGAAGAUCGAAAACGCCCACCAUGCGGCCAUCAACGAGGACAUCAUGGAAAAUGUCAAGGUCAUUUCCUCGGUUCCAGAUUUCGAGAAUGAUGUCAUCAGUUGUGGAGCAGGUAAAGUGUUCUGCAAAAAAUGCGGGAACCCAGUGGGAAACGUGAGCAUCUACAAGAACGCCCAGUUCUGUAUUCUGAAGUGCGAGUGUUUGAUCAUGAUCGACAGUGCAGGAAAUGGUAUCACCAAGAAACGCUGGAAACAAGCUCCGUUUAUGGUGCCCCCGCUGACCCCAAGUGACCUUGAGAGGAGGAUUCAAGGAGAAAAAUACAUUGAAUGCUAAGUACUGGUAAAGCCUUAUUGCUUCACAAAAAUGUUGUUGGUGAUUUAUUUUCAAUGGUUCCAUUGAAGAGAAACUUUAGACUAUAUGUUUUCCAGUUUUCAUCUUUUUACAUGUGUACCAUACGAUGAAGAAAAGAAAUGAAACCAUGUGUUUUAUCUGCUGUACCAGACUCUCCAUAAAGUGUCUGACAACAAAAAGUGCUUUAUGUAUUAUAUAUUUUUUUUUUUUUGAAAAUUGAUUGCAUUUGAUUAUUAUACAUGUUUUGUCGAUCAAUGAAUAUUGUUGUCUUUUGCAGAAUAUAAAGAGACAGAUUCUUGCUAAUCAAAAUUUAAAAACAGAUUGCGAUUGUCUCAUGCAAACUAUAAAAUAUCUGUAACAUUUAUGUUAAUUAGUGACAUAUCACUAUGAUAUCAGUAUAUGAGAGCUUGAGGGCUUGAAUUUUGAAUAGAUUGAUGUCAUUUUUGAAGUACACAAAUGUUGGAAAUAUGUACAGUGUAUGUUAAAUUAACCUUUUAAUUAAUGUGCCAUUAAUGGUUGUG